GAACGGAAGACAUUGAAGGACUCGCUUUAGAUAUGCAAGAGUCUGAUGAGUGUAGCUUCAGUACAGAAGCAUUUAGAAAGAUGCAGAGUCUGAGAUUGCUCAAACUCAAUAACAUAAAGCUCACUGGAAGUUACGACAAUCUUUCCAAAGAGUUAAGAUGGUUGUGUUGGCAUGGAUUUCCUCUGAAGGUCAUACCUAAAGAUUUCGAUCAAUCAAACCUAGUUGCUAUUGACCUGAGCUAUAGCAAACUCAUACGAGUUUGGGUGGAUACUGAUGUGCUGCUCAAGAAUCUGAAAAUCAUCAAUCUCAGUCAUUCCCAUUGCCUAACAGAAUCACCAGAUCUUUCCAAAGUCCCAAAUCUUGAAAAACUGAUAUUGGUAAACUGUGUAAGAUUGUUUAAGAUUCACCCAUCAAUUGGGCAUCUUGAAAGACUUUCGUUGGUAAAUCUUGAAGACUGCAAAACGCUUCAGUAUUUUCCAGGGGAUUUCUGUAAGUCAAAAUCAGUUGAGACUCUUAUUCUUAAAGGCUGUACAGGAUUUAUAAAACUGAAGGACGAGUAUUUUCCAGGGGAGAUGGUAUCAUCGACAACACUUCAAGCAAGCCAUACAAUGACGAGGAAAUUACCAUCCUCAAUAGCAGGAUUGAAGAACCUGAGAUCUGUGCUCCUUUAUUUGAAUGGCUUAAAUUCUUUGACACUUUUAGGUCUUGGAAACUGCGGUUUAACUGAUGAUGCAAUCCCUAAGGAUCUUGGAAGUCUACUUUCCUUAGAAAUAUUGGAGCUAGAUGGCAAUUUGUUUUAUAGCCUACCUAGCCUCAGUGGACUCUCCAAGCUUAAAAUGUUAGAUUUGAGUUAUUGCAAAAAUCUUGUUGAAAUCCCAGAUUUACCAAGUAGUUCGGAAAUCUUGAGAGCCAAUCAGUGCAUUGCACUCGCAAAACUGCCAAAUUUUUCAGAAAUGUCAAGUAUGGUAGAACUGCAUAUAAAUCACUCCCCCAAACUCACUGAGAUUCCAGGCUUGCAUAAGUCGUUAAACACUAUGAGAAGGAUUCAUAUGGAAGGCUGCACCAAUCUCACUGCUGAUUUUAGGAAGAACAUGCUACAGUUACAGAGGCUCAUGGGAGAGGAAGAGUGAUGAAAACAAGAGUUAAUCUAUUCUGGGAUGAUGGUGAUGGCGGUGAUGCAUACUCUGGCAAUGACGAGAUUGGUGCCGUACCAAGCAAUACUUCAUCUGACGAGGUUUGUACUUCCGAAAUUAUUAGAGUUAUAUCGUAUAUUUGCCAAAUUUUGGCAUCUAAGUCUAGGUUUUAGUUAUUUUUAUAUUUUGUCCUAUUUUUGUUUUUGGUUUUCUAUAUAAUUGAACUUCUUUAAAUUAAUAGCCUCGAGACCCAGGAAGACUAUUAUUUAGUAAAAUAUUAAAUAUUCGAUAAAUUAAAAUUUUAUUAAUUUAUCAACGUAUUUUUUAUUUUAUUAAAUAAUAUAAAUUGUAUUUAGUUUCAUAUCUCAAAGAUGUAAAGAAAUCAACAAUCAACCAUAGUUGUAUACUCUU